AAUAACUAGUAUAAAUACCAGCAAUGGGCGAGUUGUCGUUAUCAGUACACUUGUGAUUGUAACAAAGUGAGCAACAUGAAACUUCUGAUUGUAACUUUCCUUGCUAUUGCUGUUUACUGCGUAAAUGCAGGAGCAACAGGAUGGGGUGGUAAAGGUGCUGUAGUCGCUGGACCAUCAGGAACUGUAGUUGCUAAUAACUGGAGAGGAGGAUGGGGAGGUUGGGGUGGAUGGGGUGGAUGGAAAGGAGGAGACUGGAACGGAUGGAAUAACGGCUGGAAUGGUGUAGGAGCUUGGAACGGUUGGAACGGCUGGAAUAAUGGUUGGAAUGGUUGGAAUGGCUGGAAUAAUGGUUGGAACGGCUGGAAUGAUGGACGUUGGAACGAUGGAAGAUGGGAUGGUGAUGAUGGAUCCUGGAAAGGAGAUGACGGUAGCUGGGACGGUGAUGAUGGCUCAUGGAGAGGUGACGGAAAAUGGUAAAUAAAAUCAUUUUCUGCGUAAUGGUGCUAAUGUACAUAUAACGACCAGGAUUCAGUACAAUUCUAAUGUAUAUUUUAUAUUUUUUAAUAAAUAUGUAAAUAAUAAAAAGGAAAUUAAUUUUUUAUAACCUUGA